AUGUAUCGGUGGGCAUGUGACCGCCUUAAGGAAACUCCUUCAUUUGAGGCGUUCCGGAUGAUUUACAACAUACGUGAGUCGACCAAUUGUUGGUCCAUCGGCAGGCGGGAGAACCCUGUUGGGUUUUUGAAGAGAGCGCCUAAGUUAGACUCGUCGUGGUACUCUGGGGAUACCGAGCCGCUGACGGGUUAUGCGGCUGGCUUGAAAGACGAUUGGUGUGCAUCUAGUCUGUUCCCUCAGUAG